GGCAGCUACACAACAUAAUUAGAGACUUUGAUAGGAAUAGAGGCAUAAUGCUUACAAUCUAUAUCGGCCAUUCUCCGACACUAUUUGUCUACUUUCUCGUCUGGUCGCCUCCGUGGGAGGUUGUCCGUCUCCAGUGGACUAAUUUUCGACUGUUCCGGUACCUCGUACAGCAACAGAUUGCGCAAACAUACAGUAGCGGCACUAGCAAUAUAACGGAGAAGACCGCGCUUCUAAGUAAGGAUAGGUAUUCAUUUGCAUAAUAAAGACGGCACUGAUGUUUCUAGGAUCUG